UCUCGCUCAUGGAGCCACUCGUGCGCUCCUCCGUCACGUCGCCGCCGGCGAUCGCCGGCGCAGCGUCGCCGUCCCCGUCCCGCUCCCGCCGCAGGACCCCUCCGGACGCCGCAGCCUUCCCGAAGCCCCGGGCGGUGGUCCCUUACGCCGGCAUCAAAUCCACGUGUCUGCAUCAUCUGCAGCCGCGCGCCCCUCGCCGCCAGCGCGCGCGGCUCCGAGCAGGGGCAGGGGACUCCCCGACCUCCUCCAGCGAUGCGGAUGGCCAGGCGGAAGCCUUGCCCUCAUUCCAGGGUGAUAACCAUGAUAUGAAAACAAGUAAACAUUGUGAGACUGGUGGGAGCAACUCUGGUGGAUCUAGAGCUGGCCUUUUCAGAACACCAAUUUCAGGGGGUGUACACACUGCAACUGCUGUUCAUGAUUUGCCACCGCCAGCUCGAGCUGUUCGCAAUCUGAUGGAGCAGGCAAGGUUUGCUCAUUUGUGUACUGUCAUGUCUCGGAUGCAUCAUCGACGCGCAGGAUAUCCAUUUGGUUCUCUAGUGGAUUUUGUGCCUGAUCCAAUGGGACACCCCAUUUUUUCAUUGUCGCCUUUGGCCAUCCACACAAGAAAUCUUCUGGAAGACCCUAGAUGCACAAUUGUUGUACAGGUACCUGGAUGGAGUGGACUGUCAAAUGCACGUGUAACAAUUUUCGGUGAUGUUUUUCCCUUGCCUGCUGACCUGCAGGAAUGGGCUCAUGAACAGUAUGUUACGAAGCACCAACAGUGGGCAUCCCAUCAAUGGGGCAACUUUUACUAUUACAAAAUGCAGACAAUAAGUGACGUAUAUUUCAUUGGAGGGUUUGGCACUGUUGCUUGGAUAGAUGUGAAAGAAUAUGAAGCUCUGAAACCUGAUAAGAUUGCAGCUGAUGGUGGGGAGCAAAGUUUAAAGGAACUCAAUGCAAUGUACUCAAAGCCUUUGAAAGAGCUUUUAUCAACUGAAGGAGAGGUAGAUGAUGCAGCUCUUAUAUCAAUUGAUAGCAAAGGUAUUGAUAUACGGGUUCGACAAGGUGCACAGUUCAACAUCCAGAGGAUAGCCUUUGAGUUGGAUCACAGUGUAGAAACACUUGAAGAAGCCAAGGAAGCGAUCAGAAGGAUACUCGGUAAAUCAAGAUGGCAUGCCAAAUUUUAGACGUCCGUCGAAUCUGAAUCAUGAGUUCAUGGAUGACAAUUAGGAAGCGCCUGAAGCUCUGUAAAAAAAUACUUGUAUAUACUCGCGUAAUUUUUUGUCCUUGUGGUGUGCCACGUGGAAUAAAAGAUUUCCAUUUUCACUCUUGUGUUUUAGGUCCUAAAGUCUUAGUAGUAAAAGGAUGAGGAUAGAGCAACUGUCACUAGCUUCUGUACAGUUAAUUUACUUCCAGUGUGGGGUUCGAUAAGAAACCAAGUACAGCUAACAUAAUGUAAUCUCUGAAAUCGUUU